GGCAUCUCUGAACUUACAAGCGGCGGUCUUAAUAGUAUCUUUGUGUUUGCGUCUCGUAUGGUGGUAAAAUGUGCUUUAGUGAAAUGAAGGUUAUUUUGAAGAGUUGCUGACGAAUACCGUCGUAAUUAAUACAUAAAUGGCCGUGAACAGUGGUGGCCUCCCUCCCGGCUAUCCGCCACCUCCACCGCCGGGCUAUACUGGACCGCCUAUGGCGCCACGAGGUCCGUUCCCGCCUCCGCUGGCAGCUGCGGCCGGGGUUCCGGCGACCGGCCACGGCGACGUCAGGCUGCCACCCCCGCCUUCUGUACCUCCGGCCAUGCCGCCCGUAUACGGGGGACAGCCCCCACUGUGGGCAGUGCCACCGGUUACGCCCUCCACGAUGGCGUCGACUGUGGUACCGCCGGUCAGCGUGCCGCCCGUCCUUCCCUCCUUGCCGGUGCCUGCAGUUCCCGGAACGGAACCCAAUAAACUACUUCAAAUAAAUGGUGCUCGAGAUGGUCCUCUCGCUGUGCCAACUACUGAAGCCGCGGUGUCAGAACCCGAAAAAAAGAAGACUGACUGGACGGAGCACAAGGCUCCGGAUGGCCGCACAUACUACUACAACAGCACCACUCGCCAGAGUGUGUGGGAGAAGCCUGAUGAUCUGAAAACACCGGCAGAGCUCCUGCUAUCAAAAUGCCCAUGGAAGGAAUACAAGUCCGAAAGUGGCAAGACGUAUUACCACAAUGUUGACACCAAAGAGUCGCACUGGACUAUGCCUAAGGAGCUGGAAGAGAUAAAGGCUAUGAUUGCUGCAGAGGAAGCGGCAAAGUUGGCAACCGUCUCUCGCCCACCUCUGGUCCCGCCCAUAGUUGCAACUGCUGCUAUGAGUCCCGGGAUCGCGCUUCCACCUGCCAUCCCGCCCGUGGCAGUCCUGCCUCCUCCUGGCACCGUACCCCCUGCGGUGCACACUCCCCCAGCCACGAUCGCCGCAGUGACACCUGCAGCAGCUGUCGGUGCGAGCGGGACGCCUCCCCCGGCUGCUGCGGCUACUGCCGACGCGGCAGCAGCUGGUGCCACCGGCUCAUCUGCCCUCGACCAGGCUAUGGCUGCCACACUUGCGGCCAUCAACAGCACACCCACGAAGACGCCGACGCCUGACACUGCAGAGGAAGAGAACAGUGUGUCGACACCUAAGGACUCUGAGUCAGGGAGCAGAACGAGUACACCGGAGCCAAAGAUGGUCUUCAAGGACAAAAAGGAGGCCAUAGAGGCUUUCAAAGAGCUGCUCAAGGAUAAGGACGUUCCUAGCAAUGCUUCGUGGGAAGCAGCAGUGAAGCUGAUUGCCAAUGAUCCACGGUACCCCGUGCUGAAGAAACUUAAUGAGAAGAAGCAGGCAUUCAACUCGUACAAAACUCAGCGCCUGAAGGAAGAGAGGGAGCUCCAGAGGCAGCGGACGAAGAAAGCUCGCGAGGACUUUGAGGCGUUCCUCACUAACAAUGAGCGUGUCUCGUCCACGACAAAGUAUUACCGCUGUGAGGACAUGUUUGGCCACAUGGAUGUGUGGAAGAAUGUCUCCGAAUCGGACCGUCGCGAUAUCUAUGAAGAUGUUAUCUUCAAUUUGGCCAAGAAAGAGAAGGAAGAAGCGAAAAUAAUGAAGAAGCGGAACAUGAAGCGCCUGGCCGAGGUACUGGACUCGAUGAUGAACAUCCAGUACUCCACGACGUGGCAGGAGGCGCAGCAGAUGCUUCUGGACAACCAUGAGUUUGCAGAUGAUGCCAACCUGCUGGGUAUGGACAAGGAAGAUGCCUUGAUUGUAUUCGAAGAGCACAUACGGCAGCUGGAGAAGGAAGAGGAGGCAGACAAGGAACGGGAAAAGAAGCGCUCAAAGCGGCAGCAGCGGAAGAACCGUGACGCGUUUGUGACGCUGCUGGACGAGCUGCACGAGCAGGGCAAGCUGACGUCAAUGUCGCUCUGGGUAGAGCUGUACCCCACCAUCAGUGCCGACCUGCGCUUCUCCGCCAUGCUCGGCCAGCCUGGUUCCACACCCCUUGAUCUCUUCAAGUUUUAUGUUGAGGACCUCAAAUCAAGGUUCCAUGAUGAGAAGAAGAUAAUAAAGGAAAUAUUGAAGGAAAAAGGCUUUGAAGUGCAGGUGAACACAUCAUUUGAAGACUUUGCAACAGUGGUUUGUGAAGACCGGAGGUCAGCCAAUCUGGAUGCAGGAAAUGUCAAACUCACCUUCAAUGCAUUCCUCGAAAAGGCUGAGGCUCGGGAAAAGGAGCGGCUGAAGGAGGAGACACGCCGCCUUAAGAAGCUGGCAGCCAGCUUUAAAAACUUGCUGAGUACCUGCAAUGUGGACCACACACUGCCAUGGGAUGAGAUCCGCUCCAAAAUGGAAGGUUUGCCCGAAUUUGAGGCAGUUGGCUUGGAAUCGGAAAGAGUCCGCAUCUUUAAGGAAUAUCAACAUGAAAAUGAAGAAGCUUGUAGCCAUCACCACUCAAGGUCAAAGAAGUCUAAGAAAAAGAAGAACCGUAGACGAUCUCAUUCACGGUCUCGAACAUACAGUCAACAAAGUGAUUCGGGCCCAGAGGAGGGCCAGCACCCGAGCAGCCGAAGUCGCGGCAGCCGGCGCCAGAGGCACGGCCACAGCCGGUCGGGCAGCAGCUCCGACACUGCGGGCGCCUCGACCCGCCGCGCGCACCACAAGAAGAGCCGAAAGAAGCGCGUCCGGUCCGCCUCUCCACCCGCGUCACCUGACGAGAACCACCACCACCAUCACCACCACCACCAUCACCAUCACCACCACCACAGGCCAGAUGACGUGUCCGACGAGGAAGCUCGACGACGCCACCAUUUCCCCGAGAAGAAGGGUGCCACCACGCCGCCGGAGGACCCACCCGAGUCUUCGGAGGAGGAGGGGGCAGUGGUGGACGGUGACGAGAGCGGGAGCGGCGGCAGGGAGGAGGGGGAGGAGUUGCCAGGGGAGGGGCGCGCGCCGCGGCGAGAGGAGCCGCCGCCACCUGCCUCCCCCCACGAGGAGGGGGAGCUGAGUGAGGACGAGCUGGAGCAGCGGCGGCUGGUGCUGCUGAGGCAGCUGCAGCAGGAGAACUGACCACGGGGGCGCGGCCGGGAUCACCAACUGCAGAAAUGGCCACAGUUCUGAUCCGAGUCGUGCCUAAAGCCACACCCGUUGGACUUUCCAGCCACCUGAAGUGAAACAGUCACUGGAAUAGGAACACGUGCCAAUAGAGAUGCUCUGAAACUCUUUUACAUGAGAACAGAACUAUGAUGGUUUGCACAAUACCCUUACUGCCAGACAUUUUAUUAGACAGAAGAAUCAUUGAUUGUAAAGAGACUGCAUACAGAAUAAUGAGCUUGUACCUACACUGAUUAUUUCAGUGCAUAUUUACUCUCAGUAUCAGUAUUUACUCUUUGUUCUACCAAUUGCUUACAAAUUGUUAUAAUUGUGUGUUGUCCUAACUGGAGGAAGUUAGGCUUUGACAAAAAUUACAUUUUUAUUUUAAUUUUUUAAUUUUGAAGACGUUUAUUUAAAUUGGGAAGUGAAAAAUUACUAGUUGUGCAAGUUCAACAAAGGACUUAAUAUAUGUAAGGUACUGGAGUUGAAUAUAAUUAAAAUUUAAAACACGAGAAGCAUCCCACACCAUAAGAUGAAAAUGCAGUACCAGGUAGUGUGUGUGUUGCUUGUGUCUAGUUUUUGUAUGAGAAUUAAAAACUCAUUUUGGAAAUUGUUACCAUCUAAGAAUUAAUGUGUGUUGGGACAAGGAUAUCGCAGUUUUCAGUGUUGAUGCAUUUACUCAAUAAGUUUCCCGUUUCACAUCUAAAUUAUGUUAGCGUCAAGCAGGCUCACAAGAAGAAAACAUUCAGUGACUGGACAUUUCUACAGGAGUUAAAAGCUCAUCACGUAAUGCUGCAAUUGAUGUUCAAUGGUUUUUGCCCAACAAGUUCAUAAAUACCAUUUGUGCAGUUAGUGAAUUGUAGUGAUCUAGUUUGCUUGACUGAAGUGCUUCUACAGUUUCUAAUCAUGCCACACUUGGUGUAGCGUAUUGUUCGAACAUGUUUGUAAUUAUGUUCAGCGAGCACAGUGGACGUCUGUAACUUUUAUACUGUCAAAAUAUGUACCGGAAGCAGUAAAAUAAAAUGAAUACUUUUCUAAGAAAACGA